CAAGAUGCUCUUCGGACUGGUAAUUCGAGUUUGAUACUAAAAAUCGUGAGUCGAGGGAUCGAAACUUUAGUGGAAUAUUGUUAAAUGAUUAGUUGAUAUUAGUGAAUCUUGGCCUCAAGAAGACCACCGAGUAAUUUCCUUUUGACUGGGUUUAUUUAAGUUGACAAUGGUGCGCGAAACUCGCCAUCUUUGGGUUGGAAACCUUCCUGAAAACAUCCGAGAAGAAGACAUUGUGAAGCAUUUUACCAGAUAUGGAAGGGUUGAGAGUGUAAAGAUUUUGCCCAAAAGAAGUGCAGAGGGUGGCAGGGCAUCUUUUGUGGAUUUUGUGGAUAUCAGAAGUGCCACAAAAGCACAUGAAUCUCCUAACAGGAUUGGGGAUCGUGAGUUGAGGACCGAUUACAAUGAGCCAUCGUCAACUGGCGUAUCAAGGGUACAUGAACCUGCCAUACCUUCCCCUCCAAGGGGACGGAGGUAUGACCGACGAACAGAGGGAGCUCCUGAAGGGAGGUACAAUGAACGACGCCCACAUUACAACUAUGAUGGCGGUUACAGCGAUGACGAUGGCGGGCCUAACAGUAGGGUUGAUCGAGGUAGCACAAGAUACUCUGCCCAAAGGGGACCCGGGUAUAACAGAGAUCGUGAUGUUAGCCAUAAACGACCCUUGCCAAAACCAGACUCGUAUAAUGAAAAAGUACAGAGCCCUGAUAGGAGCAGUGAGGGUGGCAGUGACAGCAGCCAUAGCCAAUCAGACAGCUCGAGUAGCAGCUCUAGCAGCGACGGCGAGAGUGGUAGUGACAGUGACAGCUCAACAACAUCAAAGACCACAAAGACAACCUCUGCCUUGUGUGUGCAGAAUUUGUCCACAAGAUCUAGUGAUGGAAGCAUAAGAGAGGGUUUAUACCAUGAAUUUAAAAAGCAUGGAGAGGUGACCCGCAUAUACAUACAUGGCACUGGUGGGAGCCGCUCUGCAAUUAUCUAUUUUAGAAGGCCUGAGGAAGCUGAACGUGCGUUAGAAGUUUGUCAAGGGAAAAUGUUUCUUGGUGCUGAAAUGCAGAUACAACACUGGCAUGAUGAGAAGUUUGAAGGAAGUGAUUUCCCACCUCGACAUCGCGGUGGUGGGAGCAUUUCUAAUUACUCCGAAGAUGAGUUUGACCCUGGAUGCACAAGAACUCUAUUUGUUGGUAACAUUGAGAAGACAACUACAUAUGGGGACUUGAAGGAGGCUUUUGAGCGAUAUGGGGAAGUUAUAGAUGUAGAUAUCAAGAAACAACCAGGCAACAACCCCUAUGCAUUUGUGCAGUUUGCUGAACUAAGUAGUGCUAUUCAGGCCCGACGAAAGAUGGACAGGGAAUAUGUAGGCCGUAACAGAGUCAAGGUCGGCUUUGGCAAAGUGAAUCCAAUUAACACCAUCUGGGUGGGAGGUGUCACCAACAGCCUUAGCGAACAGCAAGUUGAGCGGCACUUUGGCCGCUAUGGGCGAGUCACCAAAGUGGUGAUCAACCGUGUUACCAAUCAAGCUUUGGUCAGUUUCGACAGCGUUGACUCUGCCACCAUCGCUCAUGCACAGAUGAAGGGGAGGACCAUGUUCUCGCGAAGAGUGAGGGUUGAGUUCGUGAGCCGUGAGAGCAGGCAGUUGUUCUAUGAUACUCUACAGCGCAUGGGCCACAGCGAGGGUGGCGGAGGAGGCAGACGGUAUGACUACCCACCCCCUGACCGUCCACGUGGACACAGCAGCGGGUACUACGAUAACAGGCGUGGCAACAGCCGAGGGAUGCGUGGGGGUCCGCGCAGGGGGCAGGGGUACCGGCCAUGGCACUCACGCAUGGAAUACAAUGACAACUACUCCAAUAACGGCCUUUACCCUCACGAGUCUAACCCACGACACAGGGACAACUACGAGGGUGGGCCUGGGCACGAGUACGAGAGCGACGACUUUGACCAACAGCUGAAGGAGUACAACUACCGAAGGCAAAGAGAACGGGAGCGGGAACGGGAAAGGGAGGGUCGGCACAUGGACCGCGGACCGAGGGAUCGACAUGAAGGUGAUUAUACCGAGGGUGACAGGUAUUAUCCUGAAGGAGGAAGCCGCUGGUCGCAAGGGGAUCGCGAUCGAGACCGAGGGCCAGAUCGGGAGAGUAGUGUGGGCUCGUACGAUGACGAGCGAGAGCCACGUGAUCACAAGCCAUCACAGCACCAGGACUACCCAGAAAAGCCUGAACACAGCAUUCCAAAGGCCGAGAAUCGUGAAAGGAUGCCAUCUGUGGAAAAUAAAUCUGAGUUGGCGGAAGAGAGAAAAGGUAAAAAGAAGAAAGAGAAAAAGAGCAAGAGGCCACUGCAGCCAGGGGAGGGUGGCUCUCGAGGGAGCGACACGGAGGAAGAGGUGGUGGCCAAGCGGCGGAAGAAGGUCAAGGAAGAGGAAAGAGUCACACAACCCGACAAGACUUCAGAGUUGACGGAGAGCACUAAGAGACCAGCAGCAGACGCGCCACCACCCACUCCGGAACCUUCUCUGCCCACGGAGAAAAAGAAGAAAGAAAAAAGAGAAAAGAAAGAAAGGAAGAGGGAGAAGAAGACACGGCGAGCUCGAACGCCAGUCGAGGAACCUGAAAACUUUGAAAAAGACGUCCCUCUUCCUCGUGUGCAUGAGGAGCAAGAUCAAGUAGAGAAAGAGCACAGGUGGACACCGGACGGGACGCAAGAACCAUACGAAAAGCAUAGAAGACCGAGCUUUGAUGAUAAUGAAGAGGAAUGUGAAAAUGGCGAGGAUAAAGCCCGUAAAGUGGAAGUGGAGAAGAGGUUAUCGCGUGAGGAGAGAGAUCCAUCUAGAUCGCCCUGGGCGUCGCACCGGGAGGAGAGAAAACGCAGACACACCCCACAUGAGGAUUCACCACCACCGCCUCCCCCGCCACCCCCACCACCAGAAGAACCAUCAAACAAAAGCAGGGUGAUUGACAGGACUACUGUUCCUAUGUCACGCCCACCGUAUGACGUUGUGGGUCCUUCACCAGUGAGGGGAGACACGCCCUACGACACAUCCCCGCUCAGCCGUGCACCCCUAGGUACCUCGCCCAUAAUCAAUACGAAGCCAGCUGUCCUCCCAGGGUUACCUGGCACCCCACCCAUUACCUCGCCUUCAUCCUUGCCCCCGCCACCGCCUCUGCAGGGGUACAACCCUCCUCCUCCUACCCAGCAGUCCAAUGACGACACCCUACUGGAGCUACUGUGCCGUUAUCCUGUAGUGUGGCAAGGUCUGGUGGCGCUGAAGAAUGACACGGCCGCCGUCCAGAUGCACUAUUUGUCCGGGAACUCGCGGCUGGCGGAGGCCUCCCUCCCUCAAGCGCCAGCAGCCCAAGCAAUGGCGACGGUACCGCCGCCGCUACGCAUCGCGCAAAGGAUGAAGCUGGAGCAGUCUCAGUUAGAGGGGGUGGUCAGGAGAAUGCAGUGCGAAGCAGAUCAUUGCCUCCUGCUUGCUCUUCCGUGUGGGAGGGAUCCGCUAGACGUGCAUGCGCAGACACGCGCGCUCAAGAACGGCUUCAUCAACUACCUUCAGCAGAAACAAGCCGCUGGAAUUAUCAACGUCGCUCGGCCUGGGAGUGUACAGCCAAGCUAUGUGCUCCAUAUCUUUCCGCCGUGUGACUUUGCGCAGGAACACCUCGCCCGCGUAUCACCUGACCUACUCGACAGUGCCGCGGACAGUGGCCAUCUCAUGGUUGUAGUCGCGUCCGUCUAAACCGCGGUGAUUCGGUGUAUCGUGUCCGACUGGAUCCUAGGGCAUUAAUGUGUAUCGCAUCCAUCAAACUGAACUUUGGACAUCAGCAUGUGUUGCGUCCAACUAAAACCACGGUCACCAGCACAUAUCUUGUCCAACUAAAACCGCGGUCAGCCGGCAUGUUUUACGUCCAACUGAACUCCGGUCAUGAGUACAUGUCGCGUAUCAACUGGUAUUCAUCUGGUAUCAGUAUCUAUCGAGUUUAACUGAACCGCAGGCAUUAGAGACUUCGUCUACCCAAACUGCACAGUUAGUGUGUCAAGUGUAUAUGCGCUAAGCAAUCACGAUUCACCAUGAACAUGUGACGAGGGCAUGAUUUCCGGCGUAGCGUACCUAGUCUGGUGCUACAGAUCCCAAGUCACACAUUCAGUAGAUAGAAUAUUCUAGAAUUUUAUAGAUUUACAUGAGUAACAUGGAGACGAAGAACAUUUUAAUUAAUUACGCACCCAGUGCGUUUGUACAACCGUGAUGAUAAGAUGAAAUAUAUUAAUUACAGAAAGGAUAAAUUCGGCGCUGUAACAAAUGUAAUGUUCGUGUGAAUAAAAUCUUAGACUGAGAA